AAGAUACGAUUAUUCUUUGCGAACCAAAUAUUAUAGGCAAUAUAAUAAAUCAAAAUUGCCACCUUCUCUCUACCAUUAUUGAAACAUCUUUUUCCAAUAAUGUGCAGAAAAUCAUCGAUAGAAGAUGAUGAGAAAAUAGAUGAAGCCUAUAGCCAUUGAAGCUGGCAACCAUUCUAAAGACAUGGAUGACAAAUGUGGAUCUUGAAGCACAUUAAUAGAUACACCUCAUCUACAUGUCAUGUAAUGUUAUAGUAAAAUAAUUGAAGGUAGGAACAAAUCUUCUUCCAAAUCAGGAAGCAGAGCCAUUGAAGCUGAGAACGCGGGAGAUCGAGAGAGAUGAAGGAAGAAGGGAAGCAGAAGCUAACGCUAGAAGACUAUUUAUACUUCCUCAACAACCUUGAUCGCCAUCGCCUCAGCCUCGAUCAGCUCAACCAGAUCGUCUUCAUGCACGGAUUCAUCAGGUUCCGCACCAAGAAGGAGAUCUUGGCGAAUCUGAAUGCGUACGAUCUGAUGCGUCCCACGCGAUCGACGAUCCGGGAGCGCGGGACCACGUCGUGCGCGGCGCUCGAGCUGGAGGAGGUGAAGGACGACAUCGCCGCCCUCGGAUGGCAGGAAUGCCCCAUCGGCUCCCUCUCCACCGUCCGGCCGCGGGCGCUGGCGCCGGUGGCGGAGGCGGCGCCGGAGGCCGUAUCGAUCUCCUCGGCCUCCGCCGCGUCGCACCUCGAUCGCCUCGCCGCCGCCUCCUCCGGGGUCAAGAAGAGGAAACGCCGAAACGGACGCCCAAGACCGGUCGCUGCUCUCCCUGCCGGCGAACUAACAACUGACUCUUCGGGACCCACCUGACAUCCGACGUGGCAUGUUACAGGAGCGCCACGCAUGCGAGUCCCAUUUGUGCGGUCACAUCGUGGGCGGUAGUAUUAUAGUUUAGUACUGAUGUUUUUGAGCUUUUUAGCUUAGUUUGUAAAGGGUCCGUAACGGAGAAAAAAAUAUGCUUUUUUUGCCGUUAUAGUAGAAAUAGUGGUGGUUACCUGACCAUUCAAAUCACAAAAUAACGGCUGAUGCAAACUUGGAGAAGAAAAAUUUCUAAUAACAUUAAUAUUUAAUAA